AAUCAACUCAAUGUUUGCCUCUCGCUUGCGCGCGACCCAUCCAGUUGUCAGCUAGUGUUGGUGCUGGCGUUUCCGCAAAGUAAACCCGAACGCCAUAGUUGCGAUCUUCUUUUGUCCGUGACCAUUUUGAUCUCCACAUCGUAGGAAAGAUCUUUAAGAUCGUCACUCCGUCGACAACCGCAUUUAUACAGCAGGUACUGUUUGUAUAAAUCGUGCAUUUUCCCUGACACAACAAGGCAACAAGUUCGUAGGGGAAAAUCCACCGAGGCGCCACCAGGGAGACCCAACAGAGAAACGAGCAAAAAGGCCGUCGUCACCCAACAGCAAAGCCUAGCUAGAGCAGCAGCCAGAGCCAGCAUUUUGUUAUUAUUAUUUUCCGUUCGGUUGAUCCAGGAAAAACAGUAAGCGACUCCCUCUCUCUAUCUACAAUGGCCGAUAUGGAAGAUUCCCACUUCGAGACCGGAGAUUCCGGUGCCUCCGCCACCUUCCCGAUGCAGUGCUCGGCGCUGCGUAAAAAUGGUCACGUCAUGCUGAAGGGACGCCCGUGCAAGAUCGUCGAAAUGUCCACUUCCAAGACCGGCAAGCACGGCCACGCCAAGGUGCACAUGGUCGGUAUCGAUAUCUUCACCGGCAAGAAGUACGAAGAUAUUUGCCCAUCCACUCACAACAUGGACGUACCGAAUGUAAAGCGUGAAGACUACCAACUGACCGACAUUGACGAUGGCUUCUUAGUGCUCAUGAGUGACGGCGGUGAUCUGCGUGAGGAUCUUAAGAUUCCAGAUGGAGAUUUGGGAAAUCAGCUGCGAUCAGAACACGAAGCUGGCAAGGAGUUAGUUUGUACCGUUCUCAAAUCUUGCGGCGAGGAAACUGUGAUUGCCAUCAAAACCAACACUAACGCUGACAAAAACUAAUAAUACCUCGCCCGUUGCUUAUUAAUAACAUCCCCUGCGAAUCACAACAACAACAACAAAAAACAAACCCCUCCUUUUCACACAGCAGCACAGAAAAGAUAUGAAAAUAAAGAAAAGUUCAGUCAAAUGUUCUGAAAAUAAAAAAUCAACCUAUAUUAUUCUGCUACUUAUCUUAAAAACAAAUUCCAAAAACAAGCAAACAAAACUACUAAAACAAAUCAAAAGCAAAGAUAUAAGUUGAAGCAAAACUCUGAUGAGCAUCUCCCGACUUCUUUUUUUCUGUACUCGCUCGUUUUUGAUCCACAAGAUUGAAAAUAUAACAACAAGUCAAAACACAAAUCCACAUCUAAGCGCAGUUACAUCUAUUAGUAUAAAAACAGCUAUUAUAACAAAGUAUAAAAUGAAGCAACAAGAUUGAGAUAAUACUUUCCGGUUAAAGUAAUCAAUUUGGCAAACAACAAACGUUCAUAACAAAGAAUAACUAAAAUCACUCCAACACAAAAAAAAACACUCAAUAAAUGUAGGAUUGUUAAAAAUAAUCAGAAAAAAUUACACUUUGUUUGAAAAACAAAUUUAAAUAUGAAAAGCAACAGGGGCUUUCGCACGAGUUGAUGGCAAAGAGGAGAGAAGCGUUAACAGUUACAAUCGUGAGAUUGAAGGAAACAGAGAGAGAGCGGAAUAGAACCAGCAUUCCUGCCGCCGGGGAAGAUGUGAGCAUGAUGCAAAAGCUGAGAUGAAAUCAACCAACAACAGCAGAAACAAUCGGUGGUGUUUGAAUGAAUGUUGCGACACGCGGGAACAUUCCCAUCUCCCACACGUCACACAUACACUCACACACACGCAAAUAAAAAAAACACACUACAUAAAUAGUGUAGACAGGAAAGUUCCCUCUUUUUUGUACAACUAAUUCAUGCUACAACACAAACAAACAAAAAAAAACCAACAGUUAAAGGAAAAGGCAAGAAAAAUCGAAAACACACAUUAAUUAUUAUAAUAAAUUUGAAGGAGAAGAAAAACCAAUAUAAUAUAAUAAAAAUAUUAUAAUAAUUUAAUGAAAAAAAAAAAAAUAGUUCCGGAAGAAUUAAUGUUUGAAAAGAGAAAGUCACCCCUUACACACACAAGGUUAUUUAAAUUGUAGGUUUUUUUUCGUUCGGUAGCGCAAGCACCUUUAAAUUAAUAAAAACGAAGCAAAUGUUCAAUCAUUUAAUGGUAACAAAGGAAGAAUGCAGCAUGUUAAGCAAAUAUUAGUUAAUGCGUUUGAAAAGAUGAGUUGAAGGCUAACUUACUAAAAAUGAUGAAAAGCAUACAAAGGUAAUCUGAAACCAAGAAGGAAGAAACAACAAUCGUAAAAACACACAGUAAAGCAGGCAAGAUUUGACAGCAAGCUAUGUUGAAUAAAAAUAUUUAAUUUUCUAACAAACAAAA